AUCCUGGAGUGUGGGCCAGCCUGCAGCUGUGAAAGGGCUUGCCCCCACAGACGCUCACAACAGGGGUUGCAGGCGAGCAUAGAGCUCAUAAACGAUGCCAGGAAGGGGUGGAGUGCGGUGGCUGCCCGAUUGAUAGCGCAAGGGACGUUUGUAUGCCAGUACGCGGGCGAAUUGAUCAGCACAGCAGAGGCAAAACAGCGGCUGGCCUUCUAUGACAGCCAGAAAGCUCCAUGCACUGGCCACGCACUGCUGGUUGUCAGAGAGUGGCUGCCGUCCGGUGAUGCAUGCCUGCGGAUAAACAUAGAUGCCACACGGAUUGGCAAUGUAGCUCGUUUCUUCAACCAUAGCUGUGGUGGUGGCAAUCUGGAGCUAGUCCUUGUGCGUUGCUGUGGAUCUCCAAUACCACACGUGGGCAUGUUUGCCAGGCGAGACAUUCAUGCCGGAGAGGAGUUGACAUUCAUGUAUGGCCAGCCUUCUGGAGUAGACAGCGCGAUGCAUUCCCGUCGGGCAUGCUAUUGUGGAAGUGAUGAUUGCUUGGGCUAUUUGCCAGCAGAGAUUGUGUAA